UUUAUUUUGGUUAAAGUCUAUUUCUUCUACAAGCAAGAGAGCUUUCUUUCUUGUUCGGGAUUGUUUCCUUCUGGAUUGAUCCAUAUCAUUCAGAAGGUUUUCAUUUCAAAUCAUAUUUAUUUCAAAUUUUGAUUUCUUAUUACCUAUUCCUUCUUACUUCAAUAUUUUAUUUUGUGACUUCUGAGGUCUGAGCUUCUACAGAUAGAGUGGUUCCUUAUCUUUAUUUUUCUCUCUCUUUGGGAAUUCGGUCUUUCCUAAGCUUGAUUGCGUAUUGGCUUGUGAAUGGAAGGGAAGGGCUUAUAGUGGCCUUGAAGGAUUUUGGAGUAAAAUGUUAUAUUUGAAGCAACCGCGUGACAUUUUAGGGUUUUGGAGUUUGGAACUCCGGUGAUCUCUUCUAGAGCAUGUCAGUUUGAUCACUCCCGAGCCUGAGGCUCGGGAUCCGAAUCAUGGCGUCAGAUAACGAGCCACGGGCUGGGAUCGAAGAGUUGCCGGACUUGAUGGGUUGUUAUCUGCAGAAAUUCAAGCUCUACGAGACUCGAUCGAACUUUUACAUGAUAGGUAGAGACAAGAGUAGGACAUUUUGUAGAGUAUUAAAGAUAGACAGGUUAGAGCCUUCCGAGCUGAAUAUUCUUGAGGAUUCUACCACAUACUCCGAAGGCGAGUGUUAUGAUUUGUUGAAGCGGAUAAAUGAAGGGAACAGGUCCACUGGUGGACUUAAGUUUGUCACUAUUUGUUAUGGAAUUGUUGGGUUCAUUAAACUUUUGGGGCCAUACUACAUGCUGCUUAUUACAAAAAGAAGGCAGAUUGGUAAGAUAGGUGGCCACACAGUAUAUGCAGUCACGAAGAGCGAGAUGAUUCCACUGCCGAACCCUGCUGUGCAGUCAAAAAUGGCUAAUUCUAAAAAUGAGAACAGAUACAAGAAGCUCCUAUGCACAGUGGAUCUUACAAAGGACUUCUUUUUCAGCUACUCAUACCAUGUUAUGUGUAGUCUUCAAAAGAACUUAUGUGAUAAUCAGACAGGACAAGUCCUUUAUGAAACAAUGUUUGUCUGGAACGAGUAUUUGACUCGGGGAAUACGGAAUCACCUCAAGAAUACUAUCUGGACAGUUGCUUUGGUCUAUGGCUUUUUUAAACAGGCUAAACUUUCAAUUUCUGGGAGGGAAUUUAAGUUGACUCUCAUUGCUAGGCGCUCGCGUCAUUUUGCUGGCACCAGGUAUCUCAAACGAGGUGUAAAUGAGAAGGGUCGAGUGGCUAAUGAUGUUGAGGCGGAACAGAUUGUGUUUGAAGAUGUCCCUGAAGGAUGUCCAACGCAAAUAAGUUCUGUUGUGCAGAACCGGGGCUCAAUUCCCCUAUUCUGGUCCCAAGAAACUUCACGUUUGAAUAUAAAACCUGAUAUUUUAUUGUCAAAGAAGGAUCAAAAUUAUGAAGCUACUAAACUUCAUUUUGAGAAUCUUGUCAAGAGAUAUGGAAACCCAAUAAUCAUUUUGAAUUUAAUUAAGACACGAGAGAAAAAGCCCCGGGAAUCCAUACUUCGUGCAGAAUUUGCAAAUGCAAUUGAAUAUAUUAAUAAAGAUUUAUCAGAAGAGGACAGCUUAAAGUUUCUUCAUUGGGAUCUACACAAACAUUCUAGGAACAAAUCUACAAAUGUUUUGGCACUACUUGGCAAAGUGGCUGCAUAUGCAUUGAACUUAACAGGUUUCUUUUACUGUCAAGUAACACCAUCUUUGAGAUCUGAGGGAUCUUUGAAGCGGCCUCACUUUGAGAAAGAUGACGCAGCAGGUGAUUGGUCUCAUCAAAAUCAUUGCAACAAUAACAUGGAAGAUACAGAUAGCCUGGAACCAGGACAGAGUGAAGAUAAUCUUGUUGUAGGCAAACAAGGACAGAUCGAAGAUAGUCUUGAUGCAGGCAAUCAUUCAGUCAAACCAUCCAUGUUCCAGAAGGGUGUCCUCAGGACUAAUUGUAUUGAUUGCUUGGAUCGCACAAAUGUUGCCCAGUAUGCUUAUGGUUUGGCUGCUCUUGGAUAUCAGCUUCACGCAUUGGGGUUUAUUGAUUUUCCAAAAAUAGACUUGGAUGCCCCUUUAGCAGAUGAUUUAAUGAGGUUUUAUGAGACAAUGGGUGAUACCCUUGCACUCCAAUAUGGGGGAUCUGCUGCUCACAACAAGAUAUUCUCUGAGAGAAGAGGUCAAUGGAAGGCAGCAACUCAAUCUCAGGAAUUCUUCAGAACUCUUCAACGUUACUAUAGCAAUGCCUACAUGGAUGCUGAGAAACAAGAUGCCAUAAAUGUGUUCUUGGGGCAUUUCCAACCGCAAGAGGGUAAACCUGCACUCUGGGAGCUAGAUUCAGAUCAGCAUUAUAAUGUUGGGAGGCAUGGUAAUAUAUUUGGGGAUGAAAAUGCAAGGUCAUGUUUCAAAAGAUCGUUGUCAGAUGGCAACAUACUCUGUGAAAGUGACUCACCUAUAUCAGCUAAAAAUGUUGGGCAGAAAAAAUUUUCUAACUUGGGCUUGCCUGAAAGCGUGCAAGGAGGAGGUAACAAGGGUCUUUCCGAGUCCACACCAGAAAUCUCAACCUGUGAAAGUGAUUUAUCGUAUUCAAGGUACACACCAUCAAUGUCUCAAAGGCAGCUUUUUACAGACAUGCAGAGAGACCACUGUCUUGAAAGCAAUCAGCAGAUUUAUUUCAAUGAGAAUGGUGAUACAUUUAACUGCUCUAAUUUUCUUGAUGUCGACUGGAUAUCUUCAUCUGGAAAUUCGUGUGAAGAAGAAAUUUAUGACAGGUCUGGCCUCAUUAACUCUCCAACAACGGGCUUGUCAUCAGAAAACGUUGUGGAUGGAAUAACAAUGGAAACAACUCCACCUCAAAGCGAAUAUGGAUCCAGCAUGAAGGGAAGAGGGCAGACGGAAGCAGACCUAUCUUAUGAUGCUGCUCAGGGUUCAGACACUGUGGAUGAAUUUUCUGACAGCUUUGUGCGUUGGGUGACAUUUGGAGAGACACUAUGUCAUUGACGCCCACCAAAUUUUCCUUAUCAGUCUUUAUUCCCCUGCUUUACCUAACUCAACCUGUCAAGAAUGCCCAGCCCCUAAGUAGGAACCAAGGAGGGAAUGAAAAAGGAAAUUAGGGGCGGCAACAAAUGCAGUGGUACCGGCAUUCUUUUGUAUGAUAAUCUCUGUUUAAGAAAGGCCUGAUUGGCUUUCAUGUAUGAUUUGCUGCGUAUAUUCAAUCCUGAAAACCUUGGUCAAAGUCCGAAAGAAAAA